UAUCAAUCCAACCACAUGUACUUUUUUAAAAGCCAAACAUCAAAUACAUAUAGGCCUGUUGGAUAAUCGACGUUUUAAACUCACAUCGUAUUAAAUCUGAUACCAAACGAGAGAUGCCAAAAAAAGUGAUAACAAGGCGUCAGCGCAAAGCUGCAGAGUCCAAGCGAAAAGCCGAAGAAGAAGCGCAUCAGAAAGGACCUGGAUCCUUACAAACGGGGGGUGUGAAUAAAUGUGACGAACCUGGUAUCGGAGGUGACAAACCUACUGACGCAAUCCCAACUGUUCAAACUAGAGAUUUAAUGGUAAGCAAAAGAGCUGAAGAAAUGCCCAAGGUGUUUUUGGGUAGAAACAAGAAGGAUGGCAAGCCAAAACUACCGACUUCGAAUCAAGCUGGCGAUAAAUUACAGAAUACGGAUCAACCAUGUGAUGCUCUGCAAAAAAUUCGAAAAUCUAGUCAUAGAAAAUCAUUUCUCUCAGAGGUCAAAAAAAGUGCCUUGAACUUGGAACAAGUUUUUACUACCUCUACUACAUGGUAUGACCAGAAUAACAAGUCCCUUUCACAAGAAUCAAUGAUAGCCAGUAAAGCGACUGACACUAUUAAUAUUAGAACAGCUGCUAACUCGGUCUUCCCAUUGGUAUCCAAAUUUUGCAAACAAAUUAAGUCUCAUUUGCAUACGGUCCUUCCCAAGCGAAACGGUCUGGUGUCAAGUCCCCAACAUCUAAAGGAAAAAGGAGCCCAGCGAACUCCAGAUUUUCAGUUGAAGGUCAACGAGCUCAUGAGUUUAAAGACGGAACCUUUGCUGGGAUCGGGGAUAAAUAUCCAAACUGAUCAGAACCGCGAAGGAGAAAGUUGGACCCCGGCUGCCCUUCCAAUGGUGCCGAGUUCGGAGACAAAUCCGAGCUCCGGGUACGAAGCACCACUAAAGGUCUUGGGCAACACGGGCUACUUUAUUUUGACAGGCACAAAUGCUCGGCAGGCCCUUCAGCUUACUGAACUUGCGAGAAAGAAUGUUGAUGUCCAAUCAUAUUUGCAGCUACCAUCCGAGAUGAUGGAUCAAGUGGAACAACAGAUAGCUGAGCUCGACAGAAACCGUGAACAAAUUCUGGAGAAGAUGCGUAAUAAGCAUACAAUUCUGGCACAACCACGAGCAUCGCGAGAAAAGAAGCAGCACAAAACACAUAAACAAAUCUAAUCAUUUUUAAGACUUAAUACCGUGAAACCAAAUAAAAGGUCCAAAGAAUGCAAA